GCAAAUGCUACUCUAUGGCCUUUCUCACCUCCCUCUAACCUGUACGCACCUUUUCUAUCCUCUCUCUUCGCUUAUGGGUCUCAAAUCCCUAGGGUAUCUGACACUCGCAUUCGUCUCGCUGGAUUCUCUUCAACAACUCAUAUGAACAUUCGACCAUAUCGAUCGAAUAAGGACAUGUCCGUCAGCUUAUCGUUACCGUCGGCUUUCCUCCGGCGAGAGAAAGAAGAGGAACCUUAUUCAGAUUCCAGAAUUUACUCAGGUGUGGGGAAAAAUGAACUAUUGACGGCAGAAAUUGAUGGCGAACAAUGCUCAUCCUGUCAGACCGCUCCACGAAAUAAUGGAUCAUUUUUAAGCACUGUAAAAUGUUUUGGGGUGGACUUGUCCCCAGAUAAUAUUGCCGUUGCGAUGGUAUAUUUUGUCCAAGGAGUUUUAGGCCUUUCUAGGCUUGCAGUGAGCUUUUACUUAAAAGAUGACCUCCAUCUAGAUCCAGCAGAGACAGCAGUUUUAUCUGGUUUCUCGGCAUUACCUUGGCUCAUAAAGCCCCUUUAUGGGUUUAUCAGUGAUUCUUUUCCACUUUUUGGUUACCGAAGAAGGUCCUACCUUGUUUUAUCAGGGCUUCUUGGGGCAUUCUCAUGGACUUUGAUGGCUACCUUUGUUGACAGCAAAUAUGAUGCUGCAUUUUGUAUUCUAAUUGGAUCUCUUUCUGUUGCAUUCUCAGAUGUUGUUGUAGAUUCCAUGAUAGUAGAAAGAGCCCGUGGUGAGUCACAAAGCACAUCUGGAUCUCUUCAAUCUUUAUGUUGGGGGUCUUCGGCCUUUGGGGGGAUUGUGAGUGCUUAUUUCAGUGGCUCCUUGGUCGAUGCGUAUGGUGUGAGGUAUGUUUUUGGUGUGACAGCAUUGCUUCCCUUGAUAACAUCUGCAGUUGCUUUUCUUGUUAAAGAACAACCUACGUUGGGUGCAGCAAAAGGACAUGUUCUUUCUCCGGUUGGCCCAACUUUUCUUGAAAGCUCUAAACAGAAUAUGAUUCAGUUGUGGGAUGCUGUCAGGCAACCCAAUGUGUUGUUGCCCACCUUAUUCAUAUUCCUAUGGCAAGCGACACCACAUUCGGAUUCCGCCAUGUUUUACUUUACGACAAACAAAAUUGGUUUCACUCCUGAAUUUCUUGGUCGUGUCAAGCUUGUUACUUCAAUUGCAUCCCUGUUAGGUGUUGGGCUGUAUAACGGGUUUUUGAAAGAUGUUCCUCUGCGGAAGAUUUUUCUAGUGACAACAAUUAUUGGUGCAGCUCUUGGGAUGACACAGGUAUUCCUUGUUAUAGGACUAAAUCGACAAUUUGGUAUAAGUGAUGAGUGGUUCUCAAUUGGAGAUUCUCUGAUAAUAACUGUCCUUGGUCAGGCAUCAUUCAUGCCUGUUCUGGUGUUAGCAGCAAGAUUAUGUCCACAGGGUAUGGAAGCAACACUGUUUGCUACCCUCAUGUCCAUCUCUAAUGGAGGUAGUGUUGUUGGUGGGCUUUUGGGUGCUGGUUUGACCCAAUUUUUUGGUGUCACGAAGGAGAACUUUGACAAUCUAGCUCUCUUGAUAGUUCUCUGCAACAUCAGUUCCUUGUUUCCUUUGCCACUUCUUGGCCUCCUUCCCAGUGACAGCCCAGAUACCACUCCAAAGGGGAAUGUGGAUGUUGAGCAGACAAAGUCGAAUUGAGGCCGGCGACGUCUGGCCCGGAUGUAUUACAAAGUUGGAUCUUUCCAUUGAGUAUACAAUAAUGGUGUAAAUAUAUAUAUGUUUAGCUGAUCUUUUCCACAU